CAGCCCAAGUGUGGCAUUUAGAGGGAUGGGACUCUCCGCCGCGGAGCCCCCUGGGAAAGAGAGCGUCUGAGGAGAAAGGUAAUGAAAGAAGCCACAGCAUGGAGCUCUGGAACUCCACCUUGGGAAGUGCCUUCAGCUUGGUGGGAAUUUUGAAUGACAGUGGAUCUCCUGAAGUGGUCUGUGCUACAAUUACUGUCCUGUACAUGUUGGCCUUGACCAGCAAUGGCCUGCUGCUCCUGGUCAUCACCGUAGAAGUGCAGCUCCACGUGCCCAUGUACCUACUGCUUGGGCAGCUCUCUCUCAUGGACCUCCUGUUCACAUCUGUUGUCACUCCCAAGGCCCUUGCAGACUUUCUGCGCAGAGAAAACACCAUCUCCUUUGGAGGCUGUGCCCUUCAGAUGUUCCUGGCACUGACAAUGGGUGGUGCUGAAGACCUCCUACUGGCCUUUAUGGCCUAUGACAGGUAUGUGGCCAUUUGCCAUCCUCUGAAAUACAUGACCCUCAUGAGCCCAAGAGUCUGCUGGCUCAUGGUGGCCACAUCCUGGAUCCUGGCAUCCCUAAGUGCCCUAGUAUAUACCGUGUAUACCAUGCACUAUCCCUUCUGCAGGGCCCAGAAGAUCAGGCAUCUGCUCUGUGAGAUCCCACCCUUGCUGAAGUUGGCCUGUGCUGAUACCUCCAGAUAUGAGCUCAUGGUAUAUGUGAUGGGUAUGACUUUCCUGAUUCCCUCUCUUGCUGCUAUACUGGCCUCCUACACACUAAUCUUAUUCACUGCGCUCCGUAUGCCAUCAAAUGAGGGGAGAAAGAAAGCCCUUGUCACCUGCUCUUCCCACCUGACUGUGGUUGGAAUGUUCUAUGGAGCUGCCACAUUCAUGUAUGUCUUGCCCAGUUCCUUCCACAGUCCCAAACAAGACAACAUCAUAUCUGUUUUCUACACAAUUGUCACUCCAGCCUUGAAUCCCCUCAUCUACAGCCUGAGAAAUAAGGAAGUCAUGGGGGCCUUGAGGAGGGUCCUGGGAAAAUACGUGCUGCUGGCACAAUCCACGCUCUAGGGAGAUCUCCUGGCUACCUCCCAAAAUUCUUUCUCCUCAAAGUCAGAAAAUUCAUGUUAUGAAUCAAAUACUAAUGGUAAAUUAAUACAGUUCAGAGUGUAGCAUUUAAUAGAAAAGUGAAGGAAUGUAACUGGAUUUGUCAAAUGCUCUUUCAAUCUUCUCUCCAUGAAGUAAUUUAUAGGGCAUGAUUUAUAUUAUCUAAAAUUACUCUUCACUCGAUAUAAAAUUACUCUUUAUUUUUCCAGGAAGGUACUUAGUUAAAUGGGUCCCACCUUGGGACAUGACCUCUAACCUUGGAAGUUUAUAUUGGAUCAGAGAAAGGAAAAGAACCAGAGAAAGGAAAGUUUCAAGUGGGUGGCCUAAGCAAAACCCAAACAUCAAAGGGGGAGAUGUCUUGAGAUUUGCACAAAUUUAGAGCAACUGAUCUUAUUAAAAGAUUAUAUAGACUUCUUGUCAAAUGUCCCAACUGGUAAUAGUUUGCUUGUAUUUGCAUUGUACUAACUCUUUUUUUCUUUUUCUAAACAUCAGCCACAUGAAACACCCCAACAGGUGUCUUUGCUUGUUUGUUUUUGUUUAUUGGUUUUUGACAUGGAGAUAUUUUAUAGUUCCUAAAAUUCAAUUAUUAAUGAAAUGGAGAAAACAGAGGCGAAGGCGGUCUAUAAGCAAAGUUUAUGAUAAAUAACUCUGCUUAUUUUUUGCUAAAAAAAAAACAAGCAAAAUAGUGAUUUUUCCAUUAUCCAAGGUUAUCUUGAAACAUUCCAACAAUUGCAGCGGUCACAUGUGUGGUGGGUGUGGAUAUAUGAGUCAGUGUGUCUGUGUCUGUGUGUUUGUGCUCAAGAAGGAGAGGACAACAUACUGCAUUUUCUCACCAGCUUAAUUAUGCUGCACUACUAUUAGUUUGUAAGUCUAAGAAUACUGAAAACAAAAGGCGUCAACAAAAGCUGUGAGUUGCAUUUUGAACCUUAAAAACAAUUUAAAAUAAUAUGGCUAAUUAAAUUACACUCUUUUGGAGGAUAUUGCUGUCUGUAGAUAGCUAACACUUUUUAAGUCAAUUCUGUAGUAACUUAAAACAAUAACUGACACUAGGUUCAGAAAGUAUAGUGGUAUAUCAUGUUUGGAAGGCAGGCCGAGUAGAGAUAGUUUCUACACAUAUUUAUAUGAAUUUCCUUCCAUUUUAAUACAGGCAUGCAAUUUACUGAUUUGAUAUGUGUGUGUAAAACAGAUUUUUAAAACCUACUAGCAUAUGGUUAUUUUUCCCUAUAG